AUGUCGGCGCUCAGCGCGUUGCCCUUCCUGAAGCCGGUCCACUUGCGGUCGCCCCGCAGCUCGCCCGGGGGCCAGCGCCGGCACACGCUGCCCGCCAGCGAAUUCCGCUGCCUCAGCCCSGAGGAUGCCGUCAGCGUGUUCGAGAUCGAGAGGGAAGCCUUCAUAUCGGUGUCUGGGGACUGUCCCCUGCACCUGGACGAGAUCCGCCACUUUCUGAACCUGUGCCCRGAGCUGUCCCUCGGCUGGUUUGAGGAAGGGCGGCUCGUGGCCUUYGUCAUCGGCUCCCUCUGGGACCAGGAGAGGCUCAGCCAGGCAGCGCUGACCCUGCACAAACCGCAGGGCUCGGCCGUGCACAUCCACGUGCUGGCCGUGCACCGCACCGUGCGCCAGCAGGGCAAGGGCUCCAUCCUGAUGUGGAGGUACCUGCAGUACCUGCGCUGCCUGCCCUUYGCCCGCCGUGCCCUGCUCAUGUGCGAGGAUUUCCUCGUGCCUUUCUACCAGAAGUGCGGCUUCGAGGCGCUGGGGCCCUGCGAGGUGACGGUGGGGGACCUGGCCUUCGUGGAGAUGCAGCACCCGGUGCGGGGACACGCCUUCAUGCGCAGGAACAGCGGCUGCUGAGCCCCCUGUGCUCCUGCUGCCUGCGGGGACGAGAGGCUGCAGCCCCUGUCCCUCCUCACCCCUCUCCUCCCUCUGCCGCAUCUGCCUUCCAGCCACACCAGCCACACCAGCCCAUCCCUGCAGGGUUGGGGACACAAACUCCUGCCUGCUCUCCUGCUGGGAGCACCAGCUCCYGGGCUCUGGUUCAGCCAGGGCUGUGCUGCAGGACUCUGGGAUGGAAAGGCUUUGCCCUGGGAACAGCUGGGGGCUCUGCUGUUUCAGGGGCACUUCCACCUGCUGUGGGUUUGCUGAGACACCUAGCAGAGCCCUACAAACACACCCCAGCCUGGCAUCCAUCCCACAAUCACGAGUGAGCACAUCACACAAGUGAGCCAAGCCCUCCCUAAGCAGUCCCCACACCCGGCAGGGGUCUGGCAGCCGCCCCCCUGCCCACAGACAUCUUCCCAGACCCCUUGGAGCACAUCCCCAGCCCACAGGGAGCCAGUCCAAACCUCCGUGUCCCAGACCAACAAGUGGCCGAGGACAAGCCUUCUGCAAACACCUCAGGUUGCAGGAAAGCAGUGAAUAAAGAU